AUGCAACAUCACUUUACAAUACUGGAAUCAAAGGUUUCUAAAAUUAGUGAUAACCAGUAAACGGUGCGUUGGGAUUUGAAAUUUAUGAACCAUGCAACACGCGUACAGGUUAAAAAAAAUAUCUAGAUUGCAUAUCUAUGUAUGUACUGAUUUCCCAGAGAUAAGGUAGAUAAUAUUCAACAUCUAUGUAAGAGGAUAAAGUUAGGACAGCAUUAUCUACCUGUUUAUCGCAACUUGAUGGAAAUUGCGCCAAUCCGCAUCUUGAUAUUUUGGCUUGGGGUGAAGUUAUAUAUUCUCACGUUAACUCACAGAUAUCUUAUUACUUUCACUGUACUUACGAACUUAACGAUCUCUUUGAAGUUUUCAAAUUCUUGUAUUAGUCCAAAAUUUAGCCUUUUCUUUCCUUACGUUUUUCAGCCUCUUUUUGCAGAUUAAAAAAUUUAACAUAGCCUAUUAUUUCAUCGUUGUCUCUCUUUAUCAUGAUCAGUUCAAUAAAUAACAACAAAGUCUUUGUGAAGUUCUUCCUUAGUUACAGUGCAUUGUAUUUUGUCGUUUGAUUAGUUCAGGUAGUCCAGCUGCGUGUAUCUAGCGGCGGCAGCGGGACUACCGUAAGGCCUUACAACAGAGUAUGGUUAAUUAUUUUAACUGGAAGCCAAUUCGACCCCAGAGGUGACUUAGCGAGAUUAAAAAGAACUAAGCUACUGUCCUUUGAUGGCAAGGGUGGCCUGCACGCAAGCAACUGGGUUUAUCUAUUACUCCUUGCUCAAAAGAAUGGAAAUUACGUACGUAUUUCUGUACACAUAACACUGAGUGAAAAAAUAAAUAGAUAAAUAUACGCUCAAAAUCAUAAAACCGAAUGAAUUAAAUGCUUGCUCUAUUUCUUUCUCACAAUAUAACUCCAAACUUUCUAAAAGAAUGAUAAACCUGGCCGAGUGACAACAUUUUAUUCGCCAUGGCAGUGACUACGAGCGAUUUUGAGAGUUCAUCAUUAAUACCAACAGGUGUCUAUAUGGACUUUCCAUUAUCAUUAUUUUCUUGAUCUGCCAAUUGGUCUUCCAUAAUAGGAUAAUUAGUGUGCAGAAAAUGCUUUGUUUUCGUAGUCAAGGGGCACAUAUAAUGAAACUCCGCGUUGCUUACUCCAUGCAGUGAAUAGCAGCGUGUAGAUCGAGAGCCUGUGUCUUGGAACCAAAGAACAGUAAAGCAGGUAAUUUUUAAAAUCUGCAAUUUUUUUUUGAUGUAACUGCACAGGUUCCAUUAAUUAAAUGUCCUCGUGUAUUAUUGGACACGAUCCAGAAGGAUUCUAGUCAUUACCGAAAAAGGUAUGGAUCUGUUAUACAGCAAACUCACCCAAACCUCAACUUUAUGCAAAUUAACUGAUUCGCCUGUUUCACAGAAGUAGAGAGUAUGAAUAUUUUACAUGUAGUUUAACAUGCUCUAUGAAAGCUGUUAAAACGUUACACAGUUUAAGCACGUACUUGACUACGGUUUUCCAUGAAUGUAUUUCAAUAAAUUAUUUUUCAGCUCAGUUGAAUCUAGUAAAGAGGAUAAAUGACUCUGUAAAAGAAAAAAAUUAACUGUUGUUUCUUUAUCACUAAAUCAGCUUGAAGCUAAGAUAAGGUACUGUGGAAAUAUUAAGAAAGCUUAUCUGACCAGGUCAAAAACUUUCUCCCAUAGACAUUGUUUUAAAAAUGGGAUCAGCUAAUUUUCUUGAGACCUCAUAACGUAGUCAUUUUGGGGUUUGGCGACAUUUAGAAAAUGAAAAUCAACAAAAAUAUGAAAUGCCUUUGUUGUUUAGAAAGCAUAAACAGACUAACAAGGUAAGAGUCACCCCCUACGUAAUGAUGAAUCGAAGCUUUUGACAAUUGUCACGAAAUUCAUUGAAACAGUUGAAUAAUUCUCUCGUUAACCAGUUUAAAGCUUAGACUAAGAAAAAUUCAUGCACCGAGCACGUCCACGAAAAUUAUUUCAAUUUACUGAUAUUUUUCCUUUCUUAUUUCUUGUGUUAAAGCAGCCCUAACUAAUUUUUCCAAAAUGCAAAUUAGCUGAAAAACUGCCAUUGUCUCAAGGAGCCUUUUCAAUAUGAAACUUUCAAAAUUUAAUAUCGACGAAACAAGAGCUGAAGUGACUUUCAUAUUAUAAAGAUUUCGUCAGCUUAGGUAACUUACUCCAACAUUCCAACAGUAAAUUGUGUUUCAAACGAUUUCAAAAAGUGACGUUGAGCAUGUCAAUCAAGCUUUUUAACGAUGACACCAGCUUUUUGAUGACUGACAUUCAAAUUAAAUGAAAUUAUAUGCAAGUAUCUUUAUGUAGAGAAAUUAUGCAAGUAUCUUAAAAAAGAGAAAUUAUGCAUUUAUCUUCAUAAAGAAGAAUUAUGCAAGCAUCUUUUCAUAGGGAAAUUAUGCAAGUGUAUUUAUAUAGAGGAAUUAUGCAUGUAUCUAUAAAGAUGAAUUAUGCAAGCAUCUUUUCAUAGAGAAAUUAUGUAAGUAUCCUACUAAAAAGGAAUUGUGCAAGUAGCUUUAUAAAGAGGAAUUAUGCCUGUAUCUUCAUAAAGAGAAAUUAUGCAAGUAUCUUUUUAAAGAGGAAUAAUGCAAGUCAAUGUUGCCACAUAAGGUCGCCGCCAAAUCCUCUUCUUCUUUCCUGUUAACAAGAAUAAAUCUAUGUUACGACUAGCGGAUUGACUGACUGACUGACAGACCAAUUUACUGAACGACUGACUGAAUGGCUGACUGACUAACAGACUGCCUGAUCGACUGACUGACUGACCAACCGACAGAUCGAUUGAUUGACUGACCGAUCCAUCUACUAACUGACCGACUAACCGACCAACUGACCGACUGACCAACUGACUGACUGACCGACCUACCGAUCGAUUGACUGACUAACUGACUGACUGUUUGACUGACUGUCUGCCUUCGAACUGACUAACUGAUUGAUCGACGGAUCCACUGACUGACUGACCAACCGACAGACCCACUGACCAACAGACCUUUGACCGACUAACUGACUGCGCAACUGACUGGCCAACUGAUCGAAAGACUAACCGACAGACUGACCGACUUGCUAGUUUGGCGUUGACGGAUUUAUUGACUCGUUUCAUUAGCAGAGAACAGUAAUGGCGACUUGGUUUAAGUUAUUGCUGGCUCUUUUCAUUGGUCUCGCUGCUUUUAAAUUCCGAGUGACUCUAGCGAAAUCAAACGCAUCCGAAUCAAAUGAUGAUGAUGAAAAGGAAAACCUAACCAUUGCCUGGAUUUACAAGCCUCCCUACAUAAGAGGACCUGACAACAGUUCCUUGGACAAUCAAGCUCAUGGAAUAAUACGAGAUGCCAUAUUAAGACACAUACAAUGGGAUUGUAGCGGAUUCUUUGGCAAUCACUAUGAAAUAAUGACCCUUAGAGCUGACAGUGAAUCUGGCAUGAUACAAUUGCUGAAGCAAAACAAAGUCCAUAUAGCAGUUCCUUUAUUCGAACAACAAAACAAUCAAAAGUACUCUGAAUUUAUCUUUUUCAAAUUAUUGGAUUAUCCUGGUACGGAAUACAUAACUUUGGCCGACGAUGAAAACAACGACGCUCUUGAUGUCGUUUUUGAUUCUGUAUUGAAGUCUUGGCCAUUGCUCGCCGUCACCAUGAUCUUUACGGCCAUUGCUGGAAUCAUCAUGUGGGCACUGGUAAGAUUCAGAUCAUACCUACAGCUGUCCUGCGAGAUAAAUUUGAUUUCAUGGUUGCAGAAUUAAAAUGGUCACACAUAUCCAUUUAUCUUCAAGUCAGUCUCUUUUAAUAAACUUCAAGGGCUUUUUUUGAACUGAAAAAAUGGAACCAGAUGCUGCCGAAAAGGUGCUUUAGGUUUAUCCCAAACUCGUAUAUUAAGCAGCCGUGAUCUCAUCCAAUAUAUCUCUCUAAACUAGUCAACAGAACGGAAAACAAUUUUGCCUACCCAUCCAUUUACAAUCAGAUGUUAUAAAAUGAUCAUUUGCAGUGCUCAAUGUUAAAAAGGAUAGGAAUGGCAUUCUUAUGAUUACAUGGAGAUGUGACUGGGAAAAAGACAUAAAACUUCAUUCGUAACUUUUUUUGUACUACCAGGAUACGUACUGGAAUGGCAAAGAAUUUCCACGUUCAUUCAUCAGAGGCUCAUGGGAUGGAUUUUGGUGGUCCUUUAUUUCUAUGACCACUGUAGGGUAAGCUGUCUGAGUGGUCAAAAUGUGGUAGUUUCGUUCUCUAUUGCAGCACAAUCGCAGAGUCGUCCACGCGUCUUAUGCUCAUUCGUGGUAAAGCUCCAUAGGUUUGUUUUCUAGCCAGGUCACCGUCCUACGAGUGCAAAUAAAAUCAUCGCUGAUUCCUCUUUUCUUUUGUAUCUUUUUAUUUGCCAAGGUAUGGAGACAAGGCACCCAAGUCGGCCAUGGCUCGUAUUUUCUCUGUCGUCUGGAUCUUAUUUGGCCUCAUAGCUAUGGCAAUUUUCAUGGCAAAUGUCACCACUGCAUUGACAGCUCUCUCCCUGCAACUUGAACCAACCAGCCUUCGUGGUGUUCAAGUUAGUUUGAAAAAAUAUCAAUCAAUAGAAGUUAACUCUUUCGUUUGUUUAGUUACCAAUAAUAAUACGGGUCAAAAUAUUCCUUAUGACUAACAUAGAAUGUUCCAGUAAUUGUCAAUAUGAUUCUUCAAUUAUCUUUUUACCGGAGGUAGCUUUAAUUUAUUUAAAGCAGUAUAAUUGUUAUUCUACUGAAUGACACUAAUUCAUUCCGCGAAAAUUCUAUCUGUAAAUGAAAUCUUUUAUCGUGCGAAUAAAAGAUUAGUUAUUAUCUUUACAUACUCCCAAUCUUUUUAUUAAGUGGUAUCUUUGGCAGACAGAAGUUUUGUCUUUUCCGUAAACCCGGAAGGCACGGUUCGAAAAUUUCCCCUGAGGGCUUCAUAAGACUUGGCAGGGGCGAGAAAAAGACUCUUCUCGUUUUACCAAAGUUUUAGGAGUUUGCGCAAGUUGUCCCUCAGUAACUUCUCAUAAUUGAACAUUAUUAUGUUUUAACAUUGAACUAAAGAUAAUUAUGUUCUGAACAUAAUUCUGUUUUAACAUAAUUAUGUUUUAACAUUUUUUCAGGUUGGAGUGAUAGGAAAUGGAACAGAAUAUCAGCAUGCACUGAAAGAAGACGCACAUCCAAAAAGUAAUGAAUGCAUGUACAAACUGAGAGAGCAUUGUGAAAUAAGGAAAGGGGAAGAUAUAACAUAAUAGUAAAUCAUUUGGUGUGUGUGUGUGUGUGUGUGUGAUAUGUUUUCUCGUUAUCGGUUUUGUUUGUUUUAUUUUCUCAGUCUACAACAACAUCGAUGAUGCUGUCGAUGCACUCAAAUCAAAAGAGGUCAAGGGAAUGUUACUAGAUCGCUAUACAGCCUCCUAUUACCAGAAAAGAGACAAACUUAAAACUCUUCUCGCUGUGAAGAAGUUAGACUUGCAGAGGGACGUAGGAGUUCUAUUCAAUGAGAACAAACGAGAACUUGCUGAAUGCCUACAAAAUUACCAUCGCUCCGCCAUUUGGAGAUCAAUGCAAACCUUGACUUCGUUUUACGAGGUACCUAGUCUAACGUAAUGUUUCCAUAACGCAACGUUACUCUACAGUUUAAAAGUAUCUUUCACGUACACGUGCAUGAAAGGUAAAACAUCUCUCCUUUGUUUAAUCGUCUCAGUCUACAAGUUCUUUCGCAUCAAUUGAAAAAUGACAUCCUUAAACAACAAAAAAUAAUGCACAUAUGUUUAAUUAACCUUGUCACAUCAAGGACUUUCAGCAUUUCAGUUAUUCAUUAAAGGGAGCUAGGGCGUUUCAGUCCCGCCCAUAAAAUGUGGGGCAAAAAAAAAAACUACAGACAACUCCGUCUAAUCUAAUUGCUAUUACAUUUAGGAAGGUUCUGGUGCGUUAGUCUCUUAAUUUCUGUGUACCCUGAAAGAGUGGAAACAGAGGUUUGAUAUAACACUGUCCCAUUUAACCUAAUGGAAAGAGGUUCAAAGUAGGGCAAGGCAGCCAAAAAAAAAAGGAUGAAAAUAACAGUGCUGUUAUCUAGUUUGAGAGCUCCAAGAACUCGUGAAAGUCAUAUUUAUGAGUUCACAUUGGAACAAUGGGAAAUUUCCAUACGACGGUUAGUUAAUAAUUUAGCGUUACGGAUGGUCAGGUGCUUAAAAAACCUUGAAACAUAAAACAUAGAAAUCUAUCGGAUUUUCAAGAAAUCAUCUCUACCAACUAUGACAAGCGCUCCACUGGAUCGUCUUAGAGUAGCUUAAAAGGUAUGUGGUGAAUUAUAGAAAUGUACAAAUUCCAUGUACUUAAAUAGAAGCGAUCCUCGCAGUUAUGAACACUACUGAACUAGUAGUUGAAAUAAGGCCUGAAAAAAAAUUCAGGCCCACAGGGGAUUUGAACCCAUGACCUUUGUGAUACUGGUGCAGCGCUCUAUCAAUGGUAUCGCAGAGGUCAUGAGUUCAAAUCGUUUCUUCAACCGCAGUGCACAUAUAUGAUUUUCUUAUAUUUACAGUCAUUAUUCUAUGUACUUGUUUUCCAUUUUUAUUUAGUUUGAGCACCAGACGUCUUCAAAAAGCUUCAAUCUGUUUGAUGAUACCUCACCAUUUGUUAAGUACUUGAUGUAUAUAUCACUUGGACUAUUGGUUCUAAUGCUUCUUAUUGGACUUGCGUGGGACAUAUUAUUGAGAAAGAAAGGAAAAGGGAAGCAAAAUACCGUAAUAGGUAAGUAUCUAUAGCAUUAUUUAUGAUAGAUAAGUUCUCAAUCGAUUAUCCUAAUGAGUCUAUUUAUUAUUACUUUUAUUAGUAUUAUUAUGGAUUUAAUACUAUCAUUUUUAUUAUCCUUUUUAUUAUUGUUUGAAGUAGCACGUUUAUUGACCGACUGACGAUUCGAUAGAGGGCUUGGGCCACUGACGAAAUAGCAGAUCUGCCAAAGCUCGGGAUGAGAAAAGAAAUAUACUGGUUCAGAGCCUCAAUAGAGUUGUUCAUUUAAUCAUCAUCAUCGUUCACUGAAAUUUCUCAAACCUGGUGAACCGGCAUACUUUGAUACGAUAUCAUUUCGAAGUUCCAUGAGUUAUAUUUGAACAGCGGAAUGAGUUUAAAUACACGCCAUUCUUAGAUUCAAAAAUGCCAACAUCCUUUUUCAUUCCAUCUAGCAGCGGCCAUGGAUGAUAGCUGGGAAAUGACAACCAAAGGAGAUACAAUACGUGCCGACCUUGAAACAACGCGAGUUCUUCUUCGUCAAGCAUUGGAACAAUUUGACCAGCUGGAAUCCAAAGUCUCGAAGCUGAAACUGGUCUAA